AUAAAAAAAACUCCUUUCAGUUACAUUGACUAGGCCUUUUAUAGCCACUUUACAUGCGUACAACCUCUAUUAGCCUAGGAGCAACCUUAUCGCAGCAUAGCUAAAAUGGGCAUGCAUCAGGCUUCUGCUCUCUUCCAAAAAAUGAGAGUUUCUACUUCCUGAAUGGGAGGUGCCACUGGGUGUUCCCAGCCUCUGUUAGUGUUCUAACUUCAAUUGUUUUUCUUCUCCUUCAUUGUACAUACCAUCACAUCUUUCGUUGCCUUUCAUAUCGUGUUUCUUCGCUUUCCUUUUUGGUAUCAAAACCCCAAAAAUAGUUUGUGUUGUUCCUUUUUCAACCUUCAUCAUAAACCCUGGAAUCCAAAUCUCAUGCUUUGAACCCCUGAUUAUAGCAGUUUGCAGUGAGAUUUGAGUUCUAAAUCAAAUCGGAGAUCAUUCAUCCCAAAGACUUCGAUCAAGAUCAAUCGACAUUUGAUUGAAGUUAUUCGAAGCUUCACUUCAAGUCCAGAAUCCUCCCAACUCAUAUUGGCCUACCAGAAAAGCAUAAAUGUUAGCCCAGGGAACAGAGGCGAAUAGCAAAUCGUCUUCUUGCACGUACUUCCCUUGGAAAUUUGGGCAACUGAAAAAGAGGGAAAUCAUUUCUGAAGAGUGGCAUUAUCAAUUAACCAUGGAUUAGUAGCAAUCAGGAUAUUAUUUCAUGAGCCUGGGUUAAUUUCCUUGAGUUAUGCUGUUAGAAUUGUGAGUAGUUUGUCUAAGAUGCUGUUGGGAAUAUUUCUAUUCAUUGAGAAAAUGUGUUUUUGCGAUUUUGACAUUGUUUCUUAAUAUAUAAAGUAUGGAUGUAAAUGGAUUUGUAUGAUCAUUUAGGGGCAGAUGUAUGUAGGAGAACUAUGUCUUGUUUUGGAUUCUCAAUCCUGGUAGCUCUUAUACUUAAUGACAAGCACGAUUAGGAAGAUUGUUUUGAAGGAAUUCAUUGAUGAACUCCUGGAGGAUAGUUUAAAAUAUGAGAUUGGUUAUUUUGCAAAGGGUUUUGGUGAUUUUUCUUCUCGGAAAAGAAAAAAUGUAUGUUAUAUGGUUGCUUGGCUACUUGAUGAUAGCAUGAGAUUAAUGGUGGCAAGGAGUUGUUUUAGGGCAAUUUGGAGUGGGUGACUCAGCUGGGAGAGGUAUGGGUACAUGGCAGCAAGAUCUUUAUCUUUUAGUGUCACCGUAUACUUAGUCUAGUGGCCUUUCUUUUCCUCCAUUCUUUGUCAUGAGCAGAAAAGGAGUCCUUGUAUACUACUGCUCCACUGUGGUCUCCCUGCCCCUGCUCAAUUUGGUUUCCUCUGUUUCACUAGUACGAGCUCUCUCCUUGGAGGUGCUGUGUUCCCUUGCAAAACUAGCUAGUGUCAACUCCUUAGUUUCCCACUAUGGUGCUGCAUUUCAUUUGACUAAAGGUGAAGCAGAUGAUAUACUUUUCAAACAAAGCCUGUUAUUAAGAGGAUGUACAGCUUCUGGCAGGAGCUCCCCUGUCCUCGUCUCCUUUUUGCAGGAUUUCAUCAGGGUGUUUUGUUUUUGUUCCUGCUUUUCGUAAGAGCUAUUCUUCCUCUUCUGGUUUGUGUCCUUUGUCCAAGACUUUUGUAUGGAUCUUUUAUUUAGUUUAUAUAUAAGAUUAGUAUGUUUGUUGG